UAUAGCCGUUAUUGCUCUGUUCUUUUGAACAUGUUUACCGUUCUGCUUAUUUGCGGAGGACUCGUGGGGUUUUACCUGCUGCUGUGCGUGACGCUGUUGCAACUGCCAAAAUGUAAAAGUACAGCCAAACUGCACGGGAAGACGGUGGUCGUGACUGGAGCAAACACGGGUAUCGGCAAAGCCACCGCGCUGGAUCUGGCGAGAAGAGGAGCUCGUGUGAUUCUAGCCUGCAGGGAUGAAAGCAGAGCUCAGGCUGCUGUCACAGACAUCCAGAGAGAAACAGGAAACAAAGAGGUGGUGUAUAUGCACUUGGAUCUGGCCAGUCUGAAGUCUGUGAGGUCUUUUGCUGAAAACCUUCUCAAGAAAGAAUCCAGAUUAGACAUUCUUAUCAACAAUGCAGGACUUGUAAUUGCUGGCAAGACUGAGGAUGGCUUUGGAAGGAUCUUUGGCGUCAAUCACCUCGGUCACUUCCUGUUAACCGUCCUGCUGUUGGAACGGUUAAAAGAGUGCGGCCCCAGCAGAGUUGUGACUGUGUCUUCAAUGGCCCAUUGGUGGGGGAAAAUUGAUUUCAACUGCAUCAACACUCAUAAAGAUUUGGGUUUAGGAAAUUCAGCAUUGGCCUUACUGAAGUUGUACAGUCACAGCAAACUCUGCAAUAUCCUCUUUACACACGAGCUGGCCAAGAGACUCAAAGGCACAAAUGUCACCUGCUACAGUCUUCAUCCAGGGGCAAUUAAAACCGACAUCGGUCGUCACAGCAAUCUAUGGUGGCGGCUGUUCUUGGCACCAAUUUUGCUGCUUUUCUUUUCGGAUGUGGAUUCUGGAGCUCAGACGUCUCUUCACUGUGCACUUCAAGAGGGCCUUGAGCCCCUGAGUGGACGCUACUUCUCUAGCUGUGCAGUGCAGAAUGUUCCUGCUAAAGCCAGAGAUGAUGCAGCUGCCAAAAAGCUUUGGGAAGUCAGCGAGAGUCUCGUUGGUUUAGCAUGAGAGCAUCAGCUUUAUUGCAUUUGCAUCUGUAUAGAUUUGCACUUGCACAGUCUAGUGGCACCUGUGGUCGACUCAACUGUAUUGGAUAAAGCUUAUAAAAAGCCUGUGUAGAAGACUUGUGGUUCAUAACAUGCUCUGAACGCAACAGAAGGGCUGUUUAAUUCCUCUAAUAAAUAUGUCCUUUGAUUGUUUUACAAA